GGACGAGCGGGAGCCCGCGUCGAAAGGAGGAGGCGGGGACCUCGGUGACACCCCUGGAAUGGGCCUCGGAGCGCCCCGGAAGGUGUGGACGUGGGAGCGCUGAGUGAGAAGCUGAGCCGUGGCCAUUAGCACAGGACGUUGCAAACCGAACUUCACUGGGAGGAACGCCUGAGAGAACACUGGCCUCACACCAGCCAGCAGCUUCUCACCGCCUGCCCUUCCCUGUGAGGAGAGGGCUCUGUCCCGCAUCCCCUCCGGUCUUCAAUCUGCCUUCACCUCCGGCACUGAUAGAUCUUCUUGGCAAAGCUGCCUCCAAAGAUUCCUGCUAACGCUUGUCUGUUCCUGCAUCUUGCAAAGCAUGGCGCCCACGGCAUCUUAAACCCAGAUUGUCUGCAGCUGCUCCGGUGGACACUGCAGCUUCGCCCUCCUCCCUCUGGACUCCGGGAGCUGCGCCCGUCCUAGCGAUGCCCUCGAGACCCUCGGCCCCAGCUGGGUGAGACCCUUCCAGAGCAGGACCCGACCUUGCCACCCACCAAGACUCCCACGGUGCCCUCCACCACCUCCCAUGUCUGGCUGCCCAGGCAGGUUCUAGAAUGUCUGUGCCCCAGAGCCGAGGAGAAGACGCAGCCAGUGGGGAAGAAGGGCCGGCAGGCGCAGCCCCGCCUCCCGAUGACCACCUCCGGAGCCUGAAGGCCCUCACGGAGAAACUGAGGCUGGAGACCCGCAGGCCCUCCUACCUGGAAUGGCAGGCCAGGCUGGAGGAGCAGACGUGGCCCUUCCCGAGGCCGGUGGCCGGGCAGCGGGCCUGUGUGGAAGAGGGGCCCUCAGGCCCCCCAGGAGCGCCCAGGCGGCAUCCUCAACCUCAUGGGAUGGCCAGCCAGGAUGAUGGGGCCCCGUGCACGGGCAGGCUGGAGGGCUUCGAGAGCAUCGAUGAAGCUAUAGCCUGGCUCAGGAAGGAACUGACGGAGAUGCGGCUUCAGGACCAGCAGCUGGCCCGGCAGCUCAUGCGCCUGCGCAGUGACAUCCACAAGCUGAAGAUCGAGCAGACCUGCGACCUCCACCGGCGGAUGCUCAACGACGCCACCUACGAGCUGGAGGAGCGGGACGAGCUGUCCGACCUCUUCUGCGACGCCCCGCUCGCCUCCUCCUUCAGUCUCUCCGCGCCACUCAAGCUCAUUGGGGUCACCAAGAUGAACAUCAACUCCCGCAGGUUUUCUCUGUGCUGA